GCGGGAAGGCAAGAGGUAUCUCCUCCAGUGGAGCCGCGGGAGACCUGAGUAAGGUCUGUGACAGCUCGUCGGCCGCCAUGUCAGCGACUGGGGCGGGAAACAGACCCGGCGUACCACGGUAGCCCUCCUUUUGCCUCCGAUUACCAGAGAUGGAAGGACUUUAAUGAAACUUGAAUGGUUCAACAAAGGAUGCUCUAAUGGAUGACAGCGAAACUCCUACAUAUAACCUGGAGAUAGAGCCACAAGAUGGGUGUCAUCCUGGUGACAGUGUGGAAAGUACAGUAACACGCUUGUCUUCUGUGUCAGAUGAAAAUGAAAAUCAACUUGAUGGGGAUGAAUGUGAAUGUCUGACUGGCAGUGACAGUGCAAUGGGAAAACCUGAAGCAUUUGAACAGGACAGUCUCAACAAUAAUGAAAGCUGCACAUCCCUCUGUGAGGUGGCUGCAAGUGAGAACUCAGAAAACAUUCCUGGUGAAGGCCCCAAAGGUGGACAGUCCUUGGGAAAGGACAAAAAAAUAUCUGGAAAAAGAAGUACAAGAAGCAAAAAGGGCACUGCUAAGAAGAUACCACCAGGAUUUUCUUCAAGGGAUAGUACACCUUUAAUGCAAGAAAAGACAGUAAGUGCAGCCACACAUGCUGUUGGUGAUGAAGAGGCUGCUGAAGUAAAUGCUAAUGAGCAACCUGAAGCCCCAAAGGUAGUUCUGCAGUCUCUGUUCUCCCUCAUACGAGGUGAAGUUGAGCAGUUGGAUUCAAGGGCACUUCCCCUUUGCCUUCAUCAGAUAGCAGAAUCAUAUUUCCAGGAGGAAGACUAUGAGAAAGCCAUGAAAUUCAUUCAGCUUGAACGAUUAUAUCAUGAGCAAUUGCUUGCAAAUCUCUCUGCCAUUCAAGAACAGUGGGAAACAAAGUGGAAAACUGUACAACUGCAUACAGUUACGUCUCAGAGGAAUUCAGAAAAAGGAUUUAAUGCUGAAGAUUUUGAAUGGCUUACUGAAUUUUGCACAACACAUCAAGACCCUCUUUUAUCCAAACAUAAGAUAGCAGCUGUAGAAAAGUCCCUCAGAAGAAAGUGCUUUAUGCAGUUAAUAGUUUCUGAAGAUCCAGAAGAGCGUGUCAAAGAGUCAGAGAGUGAAAGUUGUCUGGGCAUGGAACCAAGUGAAGAAAACCAACAUAAAGGAGAGACCCAGGAGAGCAGCCUCUGCUGUAAUCAGACUGAUGGGCAGGCCGAUUCCUCCAGCCUUCUAGCAACUACAGGGAAGGACCACAAGGAGGAGCCGCUCCGCAGCACUGAAGCCACACUGGAGCUCCACACCCAGUCUUCAGAGACAGCUGGGAGCAGGUCUGGGCCAGAUUGUUCUGAGAAUCUUUGUCAGCAAGACAGUGGCUUGCAGCUGGCUGAAACAGAGGUCUACAAAAAUGUAGCCAGAACAGAGGGCAUUGCUGAAGAUCCUAAGGUGUUACUUUCCAGCGAGUCAAUUAAGCCAUUAAUCUUACCUGGCUGUGACCAUAUACCUUCUGUGUUGAUUUUUGAGGGUAAAUACUCACAGACUGAAAGAAAGGAACUCCUGUUGCCUCUUCAGGAUGCUUCUGAGGCAUUGGCCACAGACCAACUUGAGAACAAUGAAUUAAAUAAGCUGCAGCAACCUGACUUCACCGACAGUGAUGGAAAAUCACCAUGGAGUCAGACUGACUCAGAUGGCUCUGAGAGUGCACUUUGUGAAAAUAAUAAAAUAUCUGACUUGAGUACAGCACUUCCAGAGGUUUAUAUGGCCCCAGAGGAAAAGGCAGACAAGGAUGAUCCAGUCAGCAAAGAAACAGAAGAUUAUUUGAACAGCCUUUUAGAAGGAUGCUUAAAAGAUACUGAAGAUACUCUUUCAUAUGAAGAUAACCAAGAGGAAGACUCUGAUCUCCUUCAAGAUCUUUCUCCUGAAGAAGCAUCCUAUAGUUUACAGGAGAAUCUACCUUCUGAUGAUAGCUGUCUUUCUCUUGACGAUCUUGCAAAAAGGAUAGAGAUUGCAGAGGUUGUUCCUGCUGAAGGAUUGGUCUCUAUUUUAAAGAAGAGGAAUAAUACCGUAGAAAAUCAUCCUUCCCAAAUGCAGCAGAAGCCAUCUAAGCGAAGAGUGAGAUUCCAAGAAAUAGAUGAUAACUUGGAUCAAGAUGAAGUUGGAAGUGGCUCCUGUAUUUUGCUGAUCUUGCUGUGCAUAGCAACUGUUUUCCUUAGUAUUGGAGGAACUGCCUUGUACUGUACUUUUGGUGACAUGGAGUCACCUGUUUGCACAGACUUUGCAGACAAUAUGGACUUCUAUUACACUAAGUUACUGCAGGGAAUGGCAGAACUUAAACACUGGAUCUACCUCUCCUAG